AGAAGAAGGUGGGAGGCCUAGAAGUAUUCACCAUAAAUAAGUCAAAGAAAUAUGUAAAUCACUGCAUUGAACCAGGCGAACUAAUGUUGCAAUCUUUGGGCUGGAUUAAAAUGGCGUUUAUGCCUAGAAAAUGUAAACUUUGGUAGUUAAAAUGUGAUCUUAAACCGAUUUCUUAUUGACAUUCUGAUCGAUGUGCUUAUCAAAUUCGAUCGAUACCAGACCAUCGUGGAAAAUUGUGCAUUGAAGUGAGACAGACUAUAUAGGCCUAUCAAUUAGAUUUUUAAACAAGCCAAUCGAAUUAUUUGUAACCAUUAAUUAUUGAAUAUUAUCCCAGAUACCCUAAAUGUAAGCAUUCUGCCAUCACAACGUAAUGCAAUUCAAAUCUGGAGGAAAGGUCUGGCGUCAUCAGGGUGGAUACGGAAUAAUGCCAUGAAUGAAUUUCAAUUCUAGACAUGUUGAAUAAUAUUUUAUCCUUUGCUGGACUAACAAGAAGAUCCGAUGAAGAUCUGUGUAGUCAGUUUAAUUAUUUAUGGAGUGCCAUCGUUCUAGCAGCCAUGGGUGGUUUUGUCACCUUAGUGCAGUACGCAGGGACUCCUAUUGCCUGUUGGUGUCCAGCGGAGAUGCCGGAAUUUCAAUGUAACUACACUCGUGCCUUGUGUUGGGUGAAACAGAAUAACUAUUACGUUCAUGAGGAUGAAGACAUAAUACCUAACCAAGAAGGCCACUAUAGUGAAAGCAUUGCUUACUACCCCUGGGUUCCAUGGAUACUCUUCUUUAUGGCCUGUUUGGUCAAGCUACCACAUUAUAUCUGGCAUUCUUUCGCCCACUCUUCUGGUCUGAACCUGGUCAAAUUAGUUGAACUAGCAGACUCUCACGAGGACAUUGAAAAUUUAGCUCGAAUUUUAAGGUUAUGGCUGGUACGAACCGGAAUCCCACGAUCCAGUAAAUGUAGCAGUGUAAAGUAUUUUCUUGGAAGCAUAGGCUUCUUUUGGCUAGGCAAGCAACAUAAGACCUAUCUGGCAGGACUAGUGCUAUUCAUUAAAUUCACAUACUUGCUGGUAGCUCUGGCCAUGCACUAUAGUUUAAAUGUUUUCAUUGAUGAAGAUUUUAUGUGGUACGGAUUUGAAAUAUUUGAAAACUACCUAAGGGGUGUUCCACAAUUUUCUGCCAGGUUUCCAGCGCAGACUCUUUGUGACAUGGAGAUAAGGCAGUUCGCUAUAGUUCAUCGUUAUACUAUUCAGUGUAUUUUACCCAUCAAUAGGUUCAGUGAGAAAAUUUUUAUUUUUGUCUGGUUUUGGUUGCUUUUGUUGAUCAUACUGAAUGCAUGGAGCUUGUUCAAAUGGUCCAUUCGGUUGCUUUCGCCAGCAGAAAGACUUCGUUUCGUGCAAGCUUAUGUUGAAAUCACUUUGCACCUAAUUGAGCGACAGAAGCUAGGAAGUAAACCAACGGAGGACGCCCACUAUGACACAGUUUACAAUCACAGCGUAUUUACCUACCCAAACGUGAACAUUUCUGUGUCCAGUCUAUCUACGGUCAAGGCGUCAGACGGCAGUCUUAAAACUCGAAAACGCAUUCAGUCAACUCUACAUGAACUUUUCUCGCAAGGGUCAAGGCCGCGCCAAAAUUUUCGAAUUGAGGCGAGUGAGAAAGAGGCCGAGGAAUUUGAAUUGCAAGAAAAGUUAUAUGCCAUGGAAGAGAGACGCCAAAAGAAAAUAAUAAGAAUAACCAAGCGAAUAAUGAAGAGAUUUGGCCACGAUGGCGUUGUUGUUUUCAGAACGUUGGAAGAUGCUGUCGGUGUUAUCAUGGCAAAUCAAAUUUUUCAGGAACUUUAUGAGCAGCUGAACUCUUCUCUUCAUUACUCUUAGAAGUCAUUGAGCACACGCUAGCACCAAAACAUCAACGUAUUCUGUGGGACACAGACCUAUUUCAUUGUUACAUCUAGUUCACUUUUGUACAUGUUUUAAUUCGAUUACACUCAUUGACACAGUUUUUCAGUAACAACUGGAUGUAUUCACGUACAAUUUAGUUAAUUCACACUCUUUUUUAGCUCGUUUAUGGAACUUUUGGCAAUUAUUAGUUCAAAAGCCUUAUUGGCAUUGCUUACAACCUUCCCACUGACCAAUAUGCAGGCCUAUAUUUAUAUUUAAUGCCUAUAUGGCUAUAUUCCUAUAUAGACAUUCAACUCUACAUGUAGACUAAUGAAACCAAUCAUUUGAAAAAAAAAAGGUUCCGUCCAAGCCCCCAAAAGGCAUGACAGGGGUAGUCCACCCUAACUAAAUUUCUAUAUAGACUUGUGCGCAAAGAGUUGUUUACACAUAUUAGGGCCUACUUUGCAUUAUUGUUACUGACCUAAUAGACUAAAUACAAUUAUUUCAUUGUUUUAAUCAUUUAAACUGAAAUUUUUAAAAAUAAAAAUUAAAUAAUUUUAUGUAUUUGUUUCAAUGAUAUUCUUUAAACUAUGCUAAUAUGCAAUGAACUGGUAUAUUUUUGAAUGUAUUUUAAUUAGAUUAUUUUUUUCUAAAUGAAAAGUAACUUAUUUUCAAAAGGAAUGUGUGCUUGAAACAUAUUAGGGUGUAGUAUCUUUUUUUUUUAUAUAACUAGAUACAUAUAACAUAACUAUUUAUGUAUUUUAUUUAAUUAGAGAACAAAAGAUGGAUUAUUUUAUCAAUUUAUUAUCAUUAAACACAACAACAGAUACAUUUAUAUACUGUUAUAAACCUGGUGGUGGCACAGAUGGGGGUAGUGGUGUGAGUGUAGUCAGCCGACGCAAAUCGCCCCAGGCCAGCGCUAGACGAGCGGUCAACCGUGACGAGUUACGAUGGUCAGCCGAGUCGAGUGUCAACAGGACGGUUCGGGAAGGAUCGCCGUCGUGAACAGAGCUCAGGGGCGUCACGAGGCAUGUAGUCAUGUGACGAAGCUAGAAACGUUUUAAAGUGUUACGUUAUUU